AUUCCUAUUUUCUAGCACUUUUCAUUGUUUACAUUUACAUUUGUAUCACAGUUUAUGUGGCUUUUUAAGGAGCAGGAGCUCACAGCACCUCACUGGCGAAAUCCGUGUCCUUACCUCAUUGCACAAGAGUUUGUUACAGUACCUGAUGAUUCCAGUCCAGGAAAGAGUAUUCGGCUUCUCACUGGUUAUAUGCGUGCACACAGCCUCUCAGUGAAUCAGUUGGUCCAUGUCAUUUGUUGCCUAGCUCCUGAUCUGUUGAAGCAGGAACCUUUACUUGUUGAAAAUGUUCCAGAUACUCUUGCUGGAGAACAGACAUGGCCAACAGAAGCAGAAAUGGCUGAGGCUGAUAGAAACCUAAAACAAAAAAUGCAAAGAAAGAGAAUUCUUCCUCCUGGCACUUCUGAAUAUCAGGCUGCUUGGAUUGUAGACAAUACAGAUGAGGAGGAUUCUGACACUGACAAUGAUGACGAUGAUGGCAUGGUAUUGGAUGAAGGAGAAAGUGGAUUUCACAGUCAAGGUGGUACAAAUAACCAAGACUUUGAGGAAGACCAAGCUUCCUUAAACUUAAGGGACUCAGAUGAUGAAACUGAAAAUGAUUCAGUCAUGAUGGAAGGAGAGAACUCGACAAGGGAACAAUGAGAGCAAGACAUUCAAAAAAUUAAACAGGCGCAUGCUGAAGAUGAGGGUAUCUCUCUAUUUAAGACUACAAUUUCAUGGAUUAUCAAUUUAUUUGUUAUCCUGGCAAACAAGAAAUGACUUUAUUUGUU